CCCCUCCCAAGCCCCGCCCCUCCUGCCUUGGAGGCGCUCUGCACAUGCUCAAGGGGCGGGUGCGUGGGGGGCGGGGGCUGACGGAGGGAGCGCUGGUUGUCGCAGGGAGCGCUGGUUGUCGCAGGAGUAGGUCUCGUCCUCCUACUAAGUGGCUAAAAGCCCCCUCUCCAUGAGCAUGUGCAGAGUGCUUUCUCUGUUUUUUCUUUGCCUCCCGACCUCACCCAUCUUUUUUCCCCCCAGAGUGAUUACCGGAAUCACUCGCAAUCCCCUGCAGCCAGCAUAAGGCCUCUCCUAAUACUAAACUGCUUGAAGCCCCUCCCUCUGAACAUGUGCAGAGUGCUGUGUGUCUCCUUCCCUCCCUCCUCCUCCCUCCCCCCAGUUUGCAAGGAUCAUCAUACCUAUCCUCCCCCCCCCCAAUAUAUAGUUGAAGACAAAAAUAGAAAACUAGCAUGUCAGAGUGAAGGCCUGGCUUUUCCAUGUCAUUAUGAUAGUUUUCUAUAUGCAGAGAACUUUCGUUUCCACAUGAAGGAGCAUUCAGCAAUGAAAAUGUCAAUUUCUAGUACAUUCAGAAACCUGUGAACAGAGGAAGACUGAGAAUUUGCAAGGUGGAUCUGCAGCAGCUCCAGAGAGAGAACUAACAUCCAAAGAACGGCCAUGGGUGAGGAAGGCCCGCCCAGUCUGGAGUACAUCCAGGCCAAGGACUUGUUCCCCCAGAAGGAGCUGAUUAAGGAAGAAGAGUCUUUACAGGUUCCAUUUUCAGUGCUGCAGGGAGAGGGUGUGGAGUAUCUGGGCCAUGCGAGCGAUGCCAUCAUUGCCAUCUCCAACUACCGGCUCCACAUCAAGUUUAAGGACUCUGUAAUCAACGUGCCUUUGAGAAUGAUGGAGAGUGUGGAGAGUCGGGACAUGUUCCAGCUUCACAUUGUCUGCAAGGACUCCAAAGUAGUCAGGUGCCAUUUCUCUACUUUCAAGCAAUGCCAGGAAUGGCUCAAGAGGCUGAGCCGAGCCAUCGCUCGCCCGACCAAGCCGGAAGACCUGUUUGCGUUUGCUUACCACGCCUGGUGCUUGGGGGUUUGUGCUGAUGAGGAAGACCAGCAUGCCCACCUCUGUCGCCCAGGGGACCACGUGAAAUACCGGUUUGAGAUGGAGCUGACUCGGAUGGGCUUUGACUUGCAGAACGUGUGGAGGGUUUCCGACAUCAAUAACAACUACAAGCUGUGCACCAGCUACCCGCAGAAACUCCUGGUUCCCGUCUGGAUAACUGACAAGGAGCUGGAGAACGUGGCUUCCUUUCGAUCUUGGAAGAGGAUCCCAGUGGUUGUGUAUAGACACUUGCGCAACGGGGCCGUGAUCGCACGCUGCAGUCAGCCUGAGAUAAGCUGGUGGGGAUGGCGCAAUGCUGACGAUGAGUACCUCGUAACCUCCAUUGCCAAAGCCUGUGCCUUGAACCCUGGACAAAGGCUGGCCGGGGGGACCCCACAUUCUGGGAUCAGCGAUGGGAACGAGGCCUGCGAUGCAGGAUUUGAUUCAUCGCUGACUGCGUGCUCAAGUGUCGAGAGUUCAGCGACCCCUCAGAAGUUGCUGAUUCUGGAUGCCCGGUCCUACACCGCUGCAGUUGCCAACCGAGCCAAGGGAGGAGGCUGUGAAUGUGAAGAGUAUUACCCAAACUGUGAAGUGGUGUUCAUGGGGAUGGCCAACAUCCAUUCCAUCCGGAACAGCUUCCAGUACCUGCGGGCAGUCUGCAGUCAGAUGCCAGACCCCGGCAACUGGCUGUCCGCUCUGGAGAGCACCAAGUGGCUGCAGCACCUCUCAGUCAUGCUGAAGGCAGCUGUGUUGGUCUCCAACGCUGUAGACCGGGAGGCGCGCCCUGUGCUGGUUCACUGCUCGGAUGGCUGGGACAGGACCCCGCAGAUUGUCACCCUGGCAAAGAUUCUUCUGGACCCCUACUACAGGACUAUGGAGGGCUUCCAGGUGCUGGUUGAAUUAGACUGGCUGGAUUAUGGCCACAAGUUUGGGGACCGCUGCGGACACCAGGAGAAGGCAGAGGAUCAGAACGAGCAGUGCCCUGUGUUCCUGCAGUGGCUGGAUUCUGUCCACCAGCUGCUCAAGCAGUUCCCUUGCCUUUUUGAGUUCAACGAAGCUUUCUUGGUGAAGCUGGUGCAGCACACGUACUCCUGCCUUUAUGGGACCUUCCUUGGGAACAGUCCCUGCGAACGCGAGAUCCACAACAUCACCAAGCGGACCUGCUCCGUUUGGUCCCUCUUGAGAGCCGGCAACAAGAAUUUCCACAAUCUGCUCUACAUGCCUGGCAGCGAGCAGGUGCUGCACCCAGUGUGUCAUGUGCGAGCGCUGCACCUCUGGACAGCUGUGUAUCUCCCAGCAUCUUCCCCGUGCCCUCUUGGAGAAGAGGGCAUGGACCUUUACCCGCCUUCUGGAUCCCAAAGCCAGGAGUUUAGCAGCAGGUCUCUUGACAGAUUACCAAAGACGAGAUCCAUGGACGAUCUUCUCUCAGCCUGUGAUCCUGGCAGCUUGUUGACCCGCACGUCAAGUGAUCCAAAUCUGAACAACCACUGUCAGGACGUCAGGAUGGGCCUGGAACCCAGGCACUCCACUGCAGAGGAGACAGCAGCUGGCAAAGAGAGCGCAGGAGAGGAACCGCAACAGCAGCAGCAGGAACUCCAUCCCCUGCCUACUGCCAGCAGUGGCACCUCUGACGGUCACAGUAUUGAUCAGCCACAGAUGCCACAGGACGACAGAGUGCCACGACAGUUCAGUGGCGUAUCUCCUGAGGUAGAAACAGUAAGAGGGCCGUGUCCAGAACUGGUGGGAGAAGACACCUGUCCAGGUCCAGAUGCUUCCCAGCAAAAGAAGCCCUUUGGGGAUUUGGCCGGAUCGGAUGAGCCUCCUGGAAAGUUUCCCUGCCAGCAUAUGAAAGAUGGCCUGGCAUCUAAUGGCCCAUGGGACCUCAUAGCGCCCUGCCGCCCAGACUCCUCCCUGCAGCCUUUGGCAGGCGGCCCCCAUUGGAACCCACCGGCUCCAAGGCAGGAGGCUCCAGGAUGCCGCGAGGAGGAGGAGGAGGAGGGUGGCAAAAGCAGCCGCAUCAGGCAUGGAGAGGAGGGCAACCAGAUGAGGAAAGCUCAUCCAGAGUUGUGGCGGAAAGGACUUUCUCAAAGCCAGACGAGCGAAUUCUCUCUCCUAGGAGUCAGCUGGGACAGCUUUCAGGGGUUGGGAACGUCGCUUCCUGGGGGCGACGUGGGUCCCCGACGGCUCCUCUCCUACGGCUGUUGUAACAAGAGGCUGAGCAGCAGGCACUUCUGGGCCUCCGGACUGUGCCUCAGUGGCCAGUGGCCUUUGAAAGAGAGCAUGAAGCCCCCUGGCUGCUCUAGCCACUCUGGCCUCACUGGGAAGGCCAGCAAGCUGUGGCUCCCCUGCCAUUUGAAGCAGGCGGCCCUUGGCUGCAAGCAGGUGCCACCCAACAGCCCUUCUCCAGUGCCUCCUGUCUACCUAGAUGACGAUGGGCUUCCCUUCCCCACGGACGUGAUCCAGUACCGGCUGCGACAGAUCGAAGCCACCUACAAGCAAGAGGUAGAGCAGCUGCGCCGGCAGGUGCGGGAAUUGCAGCUGAGGCUGGACAUCCGCCAUUGCUAUCCCCCUCCAGCUGAGCCACAGAUGGACUAUGAAGACGACUUUACCUGCCUCAAGGAAUCGGACGGCAGUGAAAAUGAGGAUUUCUACUCUGAUCAUAGUGACGACUGUCUGUCUGAAGCAAGCUGGGAGCCUGUCGACAAAAGGGAAACAGAGGUCACUCGGUGGGUUCCAGACCACAUGGCCUCACACUGUUUCAACUGUGAUUGUGAGUUCUGGCUAGCCAAACGCAGACACCAUUGCAGGAACUGUGGGAACGUGUUCUGCGCUGGUUGCUGCCACCUGAAGCUGCCCAUUCCUGACCAGCAGCUCUACGACCCAGUCCUCGUCUGCAACUCCUGUUACGAUCACAUCCAGGUAUCCCGUGCGAGGGAACUUAUGAGCCAGCAUCUGAAGAAGCCCAUUGCCACAGCUUCUAGCUGAAUGCCAGGAGAGGAAACCCCCUGUCGAAGCCUGGCCUUUUCAACUUGCAGACUGGAAGGAAAGGGCCUGCCUCUGCGGCAGCUGAGGAGGCUGGUAGUGCAGCACUUGCUCACCAAGUUUUAUGCACUGUUGGCGAUUCCCCCCCCCCAACUUGGUGUCCCGUGUAUUGGAGAUGAGGAAAUUGGAUUAAAGAGUGCGAUAAUGGCCCACCUCAUGGUACUGUUUAUGGUCUGAAGACCUGAGGCUAAACCAGAGACCGCGGUGUCUUUCUUCAGAGAGCUGGCGAGUGAUGUGGUGCAGAUAACUGCCUUGUUCCCAAAAAGCAAUAGAAAGGCAUGGUCAGAAUCAGACCCUCUUCUCCCCACCUCACAAAGGCAGGCAGGUUGAAACUGUGCAAGGAAGAAGAAUGCAGCCUCAGAGUUGUAUGUCUGCAGGAGCCUCGCUCUGGCGGUGUUUGUCUUGUCUCAGCUGUGUUUGGCUUGCCAACCACUUGCCCGGAUGGCUCGAGGCCAUCCGCUAGUACAAAAACCAGGAGGGUUGGGGGCAUCCCUUAUCAAGCAGGACAUGUCCCUGCCCCUUUCCUGUGUGUUCCUUCAGGGAAUAAGAUUCUUUGCCCUGGCAGCUGGGCUGUUGUACGUGGAAAGCCGAGUUAAGUUUGGCUGGCUGCACUUCCCGCUCGCUGCUGGUGUUGGGCAGUCGGUUCCCGCCUGGUGUCUUCUUCACAGCCUCCCAUGCGUGUAAUUCUCCUCCCCCUUACGCUGCACUUGUGCCUCUCCAUUGCUGGUUGCUCUUUAUUAUGGAAACCCGGUGCCCUGAAAGGCAGGCUGUGUGGGUCUUCUUUACCUCCCGGAAUGUGCUGUUCAGUGUGCUUGAGGGUUUCAGUUCAAAAUGCUGCUAAUGUUUCUCUGCACUUAAAGUGGUAGUCUGGAGAAUGAAAGUUUUUUUUGUUGGGGGGAGAAGGAUACUAAUUUUGUAAAUGGGAGGCGGAGAACACCGGCAAACAGGGGCUUCCCCCCCCCGUACCUGUCAGUCCAAGAAGGUGCAAGGGACAAUACAAAAAACAUGAUUUAUGAUCAUCAUCAUUGCAAAAACGCUUUCCAGUUCAUCCUGGCGUCAAUAAAUUCCCCUUUUGGAAAUGGCUCUCCUGAUUUAUGGUUGCUCCACUUUCUCUUCCAUCCAUACAAGCACUUAAAAUGCUUUGGAAGGGAUGGGGGAAGCAAGACGUUUCCACAGAUCUUCAUGAGCAGCGUUCAUGAUCACUUUAUCCUGAAGUGCAGUAAAUCUGUAGAGGGGUCCAUGGAAUGAACAGGAUUGCCAACAGUCCAUUCCUGGCUGGUUUUUUAAAACUUUCAAUGGAGUUAGUGGCUCUGUCCGCCAUUUUUCUUUCUUCCACGUUUCACUUGCUUUUGGUCAUAAGCCUAAAAGCCAGCAUCAUCCUCUGACACUGGUCUCCUUGAGUUGCCCAAUGGCCUCUUUCAGGGAGCAAAAAGCUCUCAUUGGCAAAAGAUGAGAUUUCCGAUGUUGCCGUACUCUGAACUUUGUUUGUACAAAGGGAUGUAAGUAAGAGGAGAGUUAAGAUUUGGUCCCAACUCAUUUGCACAGACAUCAAACAAACAAACAAAAAUCUGAAAUAGAACAAGAACCUUCAAAUCAGCCACGGUUAAUUGAAACUGCUUUCAGCUCUCAUGAAUUUGUGUCACUGUCUUCAGGCAAAAAACAACUCCAAAAUCAGAUCAAUAGCUUUGUGACAGGCAAUGUGCUGUAAGAAAUUCAAUACGGUUGAAUAAAAUCUCUAUAUUAGU